AGCCUGCCAGAGCCGAGCCGAGCGCCCGACCGCGACUGCGAUGCGCAGCCACAGCAGAGGGAGCCCCGUGGCUCGCAGCUAGCCGUCCCUCCGGUCCCCGGAACCUGAAGAAGGAUCACCCCGCUUCCGCGUGGACAAAGACCGGAGAAGUCUUUGCUCCCGGCCGUUGUCCGGCUCGAAGGCUCCCGGAGCAGCCGACACCUCCGCACGCCGCCCGUGCAGCAGCGCUUAUCCCGCUCAGGCAGAGCUAUGCUGAAGCCCGGAGAUCCCGGCGGAUCCGCGUUCCUGAAGGUGGAUCCCGCCUAUCUGCAGCACUGGCAGCAGCUUUUCCCGCAGAGCAGCCAGCUCAAAAGCAGCGGGCCCCUCGCCCAGCUCCAGCCACCCGAGAGAGCCGAGCCCCAGGCUGACAGCCUCCGCCAGCGCCCGACCUCCCUCUCCUCUGCCUCCUCCUCCUCUUCCUCGUCCACUCCGUCUUCCUCCUCCACCUCGUCCUGCGUCGCUGCGGCGGCGGCUUCUCUGGCUGGUCUGACCUCCCUGCCUGUGACCCAGGUCCCGGUCUUCGGCCCACUGCAGAGCUCGGAGCUCCCGGCCGGGGGAGCGCCCGCUCCCCUGCAGGGCAAGGAUUUGUGCGGAGCCGGCAGCGGCGGAGGCAAAUGCGGCGACCGUGGUGCCGCUCGGUACCGCUGCACGGCCGAGGAGCUGGACUACUACCUGUACGGGCAGCAGCGCAUGGAGAUCAUCCCCCUGAACCAGCACACCAGCGACCCCAACAACCGGUGUGACAUGUGUGCCGAUAAUCGGAACGGCGAGUGCCCCAUGCACGGGCCCCUGCACUCCCUGCGCCGGCUGGUGGGCACCAGCAGCGCCGCCGCCGCCGCCCCUCCGCCCGAGAUCCCCGAGUGGCUCCGGGACCUGCCCCGGGAAGUGUGCCUGUGCACCAGCACGGUGCCUGGCCUGGCCUACGGCAUCUGUGCGGCACAACGCAUCCAGCAGGGCACCUGGAUUGGGCCCUUCCAGGGAAUCUUGCUCUUGCCAGAGAAGGUUCAAGCAGGUGCCAUCAGGAACACUCAGCAUCUCUGGGAAAUAUAUGACCAAGAUGGGACACUGCAGCACUUUAUCGAUGGUGGAGAGCCCAGUAAGUCAAGCUGGAUGAGGUACAUCCGAUGUGCCAGGCACUGUGGGGAGCAGAACUUAACGGUGGUUCAGUACAGGUCGAAUAUAUUCUACCGGGCUUGUAUAGAUAUCCCCAGGGGUACUGAGCUGUUAGUGUGGUACAAUGACAGCUACACAUCUUUCUUUGGAAUCCCUCUCCAGUGCAUUGCACAAGAUGAAAAUUUGAAUGUCCCUUCGACUGUAAUGGAGGCCAUGUCCAGACAAGACACCCUACAGCCAUUUAAUAAAAGUAGCAAGCUAUCCCCUGCCACUCCACAGCGAUCCGUAGUAUUUCCACAGACUCCGUGUAGCAGAAAUUUUUCUCUCUUGGAUAAGUCUGGGUCCAUCGAGUCAGGAUUUAACCAGAUCAGUGUCAAAAACCAGCGAGUUCUUGCAAGCCCAACUUCAACAAGCCAACUAAAUUCUGAGUUCAGUGACUGGCAUCUUUGGAAAUGUGGGCAGUGCUUUAAGACUUUCACCCAGCGGAUCCUCUUACAGAUGCAUGUGUGUACGCAGAACCCCGACAGGCCCUACCAGUGUGGUCACUGCUCCCAGUCCUUCUCCCAGCCCUCGGAGCUGAGGAACCACGUCGUGACGCACUCCAGCGACAGGCCCUUCAAGUGCGGCUACUGCGGGCGCGCCUUCGCUGGUGCCACAACGCUCAACAACCACAUCCGCACACACACGGGGGAAAAGCCCUUCAAGUGCGAGAGGUGUGAGAGGAGCUUCACACAAGCCACCCAGCUGAGUCGACACCAGAGGAUGCCCAAUGAGUGCAAGCCAAUAACAGAGAGCACAGAAUCAAUUGAAGUGGAUUAACUGAUUGACUGGUUGGAAUUAAACUGCAAGGAAAGUCAUGAUUAAAUGUCACGGACACUUAAGCAAAACCAAAGAUUUCCUCUGAGCAACUUUCAAUCAGUCCCAGAAAACCAAAAGCAGUAAUAAAAUAAGUAAGAUGUUAAGAGAUAUUGAUCCUGGCAUGGAAGUGAGACCAGGAAAGAGAUUAUUUAUUUAUGACUAGGGAUGAGUCUUAUUUCAAUUGACAAGUUACUUGGGACUGUUAACAUUUCAAGUCCCUUCAUGUAUUGCUUUAAUUCUGAAAGCCUUUAUAAUUGUUAUUUAAUGCCAAAGUGAGGAGUCUCAAGGGUUCUUCUGCUCAUAGUUAUGACUGAGAAUGCACAUGGACUUGUUUAUUGUUGCACCUUUUUUUGUAGCAUGACUCAAAGGACCCAGAUGUAAUCCGUGCAUUUAGCUGGGCUGGGCUAAGUUGAUCUUGACAUGGCUGUAAUAGAAAUUGCUGUGUGGGAUGGAAAGUGAUCAUGAGCUAUACCUGGGUCAGUGUCAGCCACCUCAGACCAAAGGGCAUUCCAUUUCCAUAGUCUCAUGCCUCACACUGUGUGCACUUUUUCAUGCAACUAGUUUGCAUUGUCAUUGUCACAGAUACUCUGAGAAAGGAAAAACAAAAACAAAAACAAAAACCAGUAAAAAAAAAUGGAAUGUUGUAUAUCUGCAAAUAGACAUUAUACAAAGAAACAAGUAGGAAAACUGUGUUAAAUUAAUAGAGCUUUCAAAUUCAGUCUAAUAGCUAUGAAAAACAGAGGUGGUAAAAAGUAUUUUAAACACUAAAUAUUCCAGUCCAUGUGUAAAUCAUAUUACAAGGAGCAGAAAACUGAGAAGAAACUUUUGGUUUGGGUAACUGAUUUAAUGUCAUGUUGAUUUCUAGGAAAACAAAUCAGAAAUCCAAACUAUAGUCCAUUGAUAUUUUCAGUCUGUUAUCUGGAUCAAAUUGGAAAUGCUCCUGUAUUAGAUGAAGCUUUCAAUACAGUUGGGCUGAGCUUCAAAACAAAAGCUAAAUCUGAAUAGAGAUACUUUAUCAAUUUCUUGGAGGCUUCAUAACAUUCACUUCAUGGAAAUUUGCCUGGUACAGUGAAUGGAGGAAAGCCAAAAUAUUCCCAACAUAAAUGUAAAAAACUCAGAUGUCAUUGCAUUGGGUUGAUUUAACAAUUUCCAUAUUGGCUUUUUUCCAUGCUUUUAUCAAUUAUGUAUUUCAGAUUUCACAAUUUGUCUAAUCAAAUUAUGUUUUCACUUUUAGAGACCAGUUUGUUUAUAUAUUGAUUGUCUCAAUGCUAGAGGAGUAGGUUGACAAAAAUGUUAAAAAAAGGAAAAAAAAAAAACAGAAAAAAAACCUAAAAGAAAAAAAAAGAAAAAAGAAAAAGAAAAUAUAUUAAAAGAAAAGAAACAAAAUCACAACCGUCAAGAAGCAAAACCUAAACAGUCUGAGGUCAUUCUUUAUUGUAAGGUAAAACUGCAAAAUAAAAUUGUGGAGAAUAUGGGGAUUAAAACAGAAUAAUUCAGUUUUGCACCAAAACUGAAGUGCUGAGUAGCUCAUAAGGGCUCAGUUGAUUAUAUUAAAUAUUUUAAACACAUUUAUGGGGAUGAUUUUAAAUAUGUAGAGAAUAAAGUAUCCAGUUCUGUAAAGGGCUAGACAGAAUCAGCUACAAAUUUGACACCAGGUUCAGACCAUUUAUGAAUUCUGCAAAGAGCUCAAGCAGAAAAAGAGCUUACAGUAAAAUUCAAAUGCAUUUAAAAGGAGUUUAAAAGCUAAGACAUCCAUACUGCAUGGUGUUCAUUUAUUAUACUGUAAAAACUACACUGCGGAAUCUGGAGUUUCCAAAGCUCUGCAGGGAAUUACUUCAGGAGUAUUUGUGUUCAGCUUUUGAAAUGUAAAAAACAUUGUGGGGGGGGGAAGAUUGUUUUUAUCAUUGUUCUAGCAAAUACCAGAUUAUCUCAUAAAGAAGGUUUAUUCCUAUGAGUUUUCAGCUCUAUUUCUGAGUGCAGAGGUAUGGGGAGCAAGCGAUUCUGUCACCUGCCUGAUUCUAUCCUCAAAACUAUGAGACUCUUAGCUACUAUAUAAAUGUGUUUGUUUGUUUGCUUGUUUUUAGGUUCAAAGAAGCAUGGGAAGCUGGGUAGGAAGACUUGAAACUUAAAGGUGACUAUUUGAACAUUGUUUUGUUCCUAGCAAGGUUAAUGAAACAGAAGAAACCAAAAUAAAAUCCUAAACCUUUCAGACACUCAUGCCUGUCAGCUCACAUUUUCCCGUAUUUAAGUGACUUAAUGUAAAGUAACAUUCUGGUGGGGCACCAACUUUCAGUUAACUAUUUGAACAGUAUCUAUUGAUCAUUUCAAGUAAACAGUUAAACAAAGAACAAGAGAUCAGAAAAUUUAUAAAUGGAGUAAGAGGGAAAAUGUCAUGCUCUGAAAAGCAAAUGUGAGCUAUGUUAGAUCAGCGAGUUGUGAUGCUGCAUUAUCCAACCCUGCUCCCAUGGUCGGGGAUGAGGUUUGUGGCAGUGAAGAGCACUCCACUGUAUUUGAAUCCUGUAGUGCAAAUAGUACCUAAGUAUGUGCUUACAGAAAUUGCAAGUUCCCUGCUGACUGCAGGUAGACUUACUUGUAUGUUUUCAUUUAAACAUGUCUAAAUAUUCUUCUGAAUGGGUGUGAAGUAAAGGUCAAUUGUUUCAAGACUGUACUGGAUUUUUUAAAAAAUGCACUAGAGUAGUAUGUCUGCAGAACUUAUUUUACUUUCCUUACAGAAAAUUCUUUCUAAUGUAAAUCACUAUGUUGUUCCGUAUGCCUAAAGACAACUUCAAUUAUUUUAUUAUUUUAUACAGUGCAUUUUCACAACAACACAUUUGGCAGCAUACGAAAGCAAUACAGUGAAAACCCAUGAUUUCACAGUGGCAUUUUCAUGCGUACCACAUUUGGCAUUCUGUUACAGCAUGGCAAAUGCAAAACCAACGUGAACACAAAAUGCAUUCUAGGUUUGGACUAAACAGAAUUCAGUUCCUGUCUGGACUUCCCAAAUACUGAGUGAGUUUCAGCUCAUGUAUCAGCAGAACAACUGUACAUUUUGGUCUGUUAUGCAUACAAUAUGUGUUUGCACACAGUAAUCUGAAGCAGUAAGUGUAAUACAAUUAUCUUUAAAUGUAGUGAUUAUGUGCCUGCCAUUUCAGAACUUCUGAAGCACUUGGCAUCUCUGUUUUGUAGUCUGGUAAAAAAUACAAGCUUUUGGUUUUUGAUUUUUCUUGUCCAAUCCUGAACAUGUUGGAAAUCAUAUUUAAAAACUGUGCCUCGUUCUGAUUCUUUUUCAGUGUGGAAUUAAAUUUUAUAUGUUCAUAGAGUUAUACAUUUCAGAAAGACUUUGGGUCCUUUAUAAACUUACUUUUAGCCCCUAAAGAUGAUAAUUUUAAAUACAAUUUGAUUUUCUUCCCAUGAAAGAAACCUGAAUUGGGAGUAAUAUAAUAAUUACAGUACAUUACAUACUAGAAACUCACAAGAAAUUAUAGGUAUACCUUUUACUUUUGGCAACAUCAUCUCUCCUUUAAAUUCAAAGUAAUUUUUUUAUGGUGCCAUUGCGUAAUGUGAUGCUGUGUAAUAGCUAAAAAAAAGGUGUGAUUUCAAACAAAUAAAUAAGUGAAUGUCCAAUAUUAAGUCCUCAUUGCUUUUAAGAAUAAUUAAGUUGCUCUCAUUUUUUUAGAAAUUACAGUUAGAAUGCUAUUUUGUUCCAUGCAAGUCCUUUCUGUGGAUAAGAUUCCAGAAAAUAUAAUAUUCUGGGACUCCAUGAAAUUUUUUUUUUCUUCCUAGAUUUUGGAAGUUUCAACAUCAUCAAGUCAAUCUGAAAAAGCCCACCCUAUAGAUGUAGAGUAUGCUGAAGGGGUCCUGUGUUGUAAUAAAAAUAAUAAUGACACUGUAAUUAGAAAGAUCAACAGUUUGCUUGCAUUUUUAAACUUCAUUAAAUUGCCUCUUUUUUACUGUAAAGGACCAAUUAAGUCAUGCAUGUAGCUGUAUUCUUGUGAUAUCAAAUGUAAAGAUUACAUUGUGUUUAAAUGAAAAUAACAGGCACACAUUUAAAAAGAAGAUGAAGAAAUGUAAAUAUAUUUGAUUAAUAAAACAUUUCUAUUACUGUA